AUGGAGCGCGUCCACCGCCUCACGUCCAUGUCGCGCUACUACGUCGUGCUUCCUGGCUCGCUCGGCUCGCUGCAGGAGACCGUGUGCAUCUGGACGAUCAGCAUGCUGCAGCGCGACGGCCUGCCGCGGCCCGUCAUUCUCGUCUUCCGCGACCCGUGGGAGCGCUGCCUGCGCGACGUCGCCGCCGCGCUGCGGGUGGCCGACAGCACCAUGCAGCUACUGCGCUUCGUCGACUCGGCGGAAGAGGCGAUGCAGAUCAUCCUUGAGGACGAGAAGAAAAUGCAAUCGUCCCUGUAG